CCAACUCCAACUCAACCCUUCCUACCCUCUCCCCUUCUUCAUUUUUCUCGGAUCUGAUCGACGAUUACCGCAUGCGUGGCACCCUCUCGCAGCUUUGAAGAAACACUUCCGAUAGUCCCCGCAACAACUCCCCGUCCCGUGCUGCCACCAUGUCCAAGUCGACCAAGUACCUCCUCGUCUCGCUCCCCACCUCCAUCACCCCCUCUCACCACCGCGACGACGCCCUCGACGCUGUCUCCGCAACGGUCGCCCCCGAGAAUGGCUCCGUCGCCCCGUUUCCCAUCCCGGAGUUCAAGAUCGGCACCCUCGAUGCCUUAGUGCAGCAGGCCGAUGAGUUGGCCAAGCUGGAGGCCGGCUGCCAGGGGGUCGUUGCUAAGGUCGGCGAUGCGCUGAAGAAUAUCUUGGAGGGUGACGAGGCGCAGAUCGAUAAGAUGAAGACCGUGAACGAUAAGCCGGUGGACCAGUAUUUACGCACAUUCUCCUGGAACAAGGUCAAGUACCGGGCUGAUAAGCCUUUGGGGGAGUUGAUUGACUUGCUACAAAAGGAGGCCGCCAGUAUCGAUAACGACAUUCGCACGAAAUAUACCCAAUACAACCAGGUGAAAAAUACGUUGGCGACGCUUCAACGGAAGCAGACAGGUAAUCUGUCCACCAAGUCGCUCGCCUCAGUCGUCGACCCCCGCACCCUCGUCCAGGAUUCCGAGUACAUCGAGACGCACCUCGUCGCCGUGCCCGCCCAGCAGAUCAAGGAAUUCCUCAAGACGUACGAGACCAUUGCUCCGAUGGUGGUGCCGCGGUCGGCCACGCUCGUGGCCUCGGACAACGACUUCACGCUCUACGCCGUCACGACGUUCAAGAAGCACAGCGUCGAGUUCGUGCACAAGUGCCGUGAGAGCAAGUGGAUUCCGCGCGACUUCAAGUACGUGGCGGGUGGCAAGGAGGAGGAGCGCAAGGAGGUCGAGCGUGUGGGCGGCGACGAGCGCAAGCUCUGGGGAGAGACGCUCCGGCUGGGCCGGACGGCGUGGAGCGAGGCGGUCAUGGUCUGGAUCCAUGUACUGGUGCUGCGAGUGUUUGUGGAGACAGUGUUGCGCUAUGGGCUGCCGCUGGACUUUGUCUGCACUUUGGUUAGGACCUCGAGCUCGAAACAUGCAGACAAGGCGAAACACAACCUGGACGACAAGUACUCGUACCUGGCAGGGAACGCAUUCGGCCGCGACAAGAAGGGCCGGGUGAAGCGCGACGACCCAAGCGAGAUGCAUGGCGAGGGCGCGGCGGCGGCGGAUUAUACGGCAUAUGUGUAUUAUGACUUUGAGUUCCAGUGAUUAUUGUGUUGUCUAUUCUACCCAAGCUUUUUUUUUUCUUUCCCUUCUUGUUUUCUGGUUUCCCUGUGGAUAUGUAUAGCGUACAUAGAGUC